AUGCUCAAUCAACCCAAACAGCGCGCCUCCGGACGCCCCAGUAGCGACGAUUUUGGCAGCUUUGAUGCUGCCCCAUCAGGCCCCUCCACUCUCGGUUCGCUGUUCAACGGGAAGGCGCCGCAGCAGGGCAACCAGAGCCUUCAGUACCGACCAGCCAAGGAGCCCAAGAAGAACGUCCCACAGGCCGCUCCCGCGCCCGCCAAGGACGCGCCUCUUUCCCUUCUUCAUGCCAACCCCGUAGGAGCGGCCGUGCUGGGCAACGUGGAAGCGCACAAGUUCCAGCUCUACCUCUACUACAACAAGAAGCAGCAAGUGUGCAGCAUCAACAUUUCGCCCAAGUUCAACUUCAUCGUUCAAAAUGACGUGUAUUGCAACUUCAACGACAGUAACAGCCGCAACUGGACGAUCAUGUUCGCCAAGCACGAGGAGUGCGUCAAGUUCGCCAGCUUCAUCGCGGUCGCCAAGACUCUGUCCGACCCUUCGCGCCCGCUCGUCGUGCAGGACAUCAAGCCUGGCAAGGGCAACAGCGUUGGUGCGGGCGACAUGGUGGCGGUCACCUACAGCGGGUGGAUCGUGGGCGCCGACGGCAAGCUCGGCAGCGCCCCCUACGACUCCAACGCCGGCCGCGAUCCCCUCAAGCUAGCCAUCGGCGCCGGCACUGUGGUGAAGGGCUGGGACGAGGGCAUGGUCGGCAUGAAGCGCGGCAGCAAGCGCAUCAUCGCGAUUCCGCCCCAGCUGGGCUACGGCGCGUCGGGCCGGUCGCCCGUGCCGCCGCACGCCACACUCGUGCUGGAGCUUGAGCUGAUCAAGGUGCGCCGCGCCUCGGAGCCGCCCGCCCGCCCCCGCACGAGCUCGGCCUCGGCCUCGGGCCUCCCGCCGGUUCUCUUCCCCAACUCGCCGGCGCCCGACAUGGGCGCGGACAUCUCCGCCGACGUCACCGAUGACGAGGACGACGACGGCAACGUUGGCGUCAACUCGUCGCAGCAGCUGCGGGCCGACCUGGUGCAGAAGAUGAAGAACCUCGGCGCCACGGCCACCCCGUUCGCCGGCCCCGGCUCCGUCCAGGCGGCCAAGCGGCAGCCGCAACCGCAGCAGCAGGCCCAGUCGUACGGCUCCCCGCAGGAUCACUACAUGGAGGCCCAGCAACAGCAGCCGCAGCCGCAGUACUCUCCGAGUUUCCUCUCGCAGCCCCAGCAGCCGGGUUACCAGCAGCAGCAGCAGCAACCCUACGGCGGCUCCAUGCAGCUCGCGCUCGUUGCUCCCGGGCAGCCGCAGCAGCCCUACCAGCAGCCCGGCGUGUACGGCCAGCAGCCGCAGCCCUACGGCGCUCCCGUCCAGCAGCCCUACCAGCAGCAGCCCGUGCCUCAGCCGCAGCAGCCGUACGGCCUGCAGCCGCCCGUGGUGCAGCCUGUCGUUGCCCCUGCCCCUGCCGUGGACCCCUACCAGCAGCAGCAGGCCCAGCUCCAGCAGCAGGUGCUGCAGCUGCAGCAGCAGUCCCAGCAGCUCCUCUCCCAGCACCAGGCCGCACUCACCACUCCGGCGCCGGCGCGGGAGAAGAGCGUGCCGACGGACAUGAUCGGGAUCUUGGUGGAGCAGAAGGAGUUCCAGAACGACGUGCAGCGCACGCUCAAGGAUGUGAGCGAGAAGGUCGAGGAGGUCCACCGCACCGUUCAGAUCUUUGGCGGACGGGCCACCCGCGAGGGCUCCUACGGCGCCGCCACCGGCCUCACGCCCAUCCUCCUCCUCCAGACCAUCCAAAAGAUGAUCGACGAGAACGAACUCCUCAAGAAGGAGGUCUCCGACAAGUCCAACAAGAUGGACAUCCUCCGGGAGCAAAUCACGGUGUUGCAUUCGAAGAACGAUUCGUUCCUGGACCAGCACAACAAGAUCCAGGAGCAGCGCGCGGACACUCUGAAGGAGAGCGCGGAGCUGGCGCGGCGCAACCUGAUGGCGGUGCGCGAGCAGAAGGCCAAGCUCGAGGAGGAGCUCACCGAGGCCAUGCAGGAGCUCAACGACCGCAGGCGCGAGGCGGCGCAGAUGACCAAGGUGGCCGAGGAGGCCAACGAGCAGCGCGACCGGCUGGCCAACGAGCUCGAGCGGGUCAAGGGCGAGAACUCGCUCUACAAGAGCAAGCAGUUCGCGCUCGAGGAGCAGCUCAAGGAGGCCACUGUCGAGCUCAAGGAGGAGAAGACGGCCAAGCGCCAGGCCCAGACCAACAACAACGCCCUGCGCGAGGAGCUCGCCGAGAAGGUCGAGCAGAUCGCCGCGCUCGAGAAGAAGCUCGAGGAGCGCCGCAAGAAGGCCGAGGAGGCCCGCCGCGAGCUCGAGGCCGCCCACGAAGAGGAGAAGCGCACCCUCGAGGCCGCCCUGCGCAAGGCCAAGGACGCUCUCCAGCACGAGCGCGACGCCCAGGCCGACGAGGUCGCCAAGCACCUCCACCAGGCCGAGCGCGACGCCGCCGACCGCCUCCGCCGCCGCGAGAAGGAGCUCAAGGACCAGCACGCCCGCGAGGCCAAGGCCGCCAAGGCCGAGCUGGAGCGCGUGAAGCGCGAGAGCGCGCAAAAGCUGCACGAGGUGCGCGAGAAGGCCAAGGAGGACAUGACUGGCAGCAUCAAGAAGAUCAUGAACGACAUCUUCUUCUCGCUCCGGGGUGAGUUCGAUGACGAGGAGGCCUACGACGGCGAGACCAUCAUGAACUCCCUCAAGGCCACCAUCCGCGAGACCACCGUCUCCCUCCUCCAGCAGGCCCAGGACGACGCCGACGCCGAAGAGAACGCCGACGCCGAAGCCGACAACGCCGACAAGGUUGAGGCCGAGACCGCCGCCGCCGACAAGGCCGAGGAGGCCACGACUGUCGACGCCGAGGCCGAGACCGAGACCGCCGCCGCCGACAAGGCCGAGGCGACCGAGGCGGAGGCCAAGGAGGCGGAGGGCGGACUGCUCUUCGGGGAGAGGACGAAGAGCUCCACGCUCAGGGACCUCGAGGUCAAGGAGGGCGAGCUCUUCACGGAGGCCGAGGACCCACUCUUCGCCCCGCCCCAGAAGGCCGCCACCGCCGAGGAGGCCCAGGAGGCCCACCACGACGAGAAGCCCCAGGCCGACGACCACGAGGAGCAGACCGAGACAGCCGAGGACAAGCCCCAGGCCGACCAGGCCGACGACCACGAGGAGCAGACCGAGACAGCCGGGGACAAGCCCCAGGCCGACCAGGCCGACGACCACGAGGAGCAGACCGAGCCGGCCGCGCCAGCUGGUGCCCAGGAGGGCGAGGCUGAGGAGACGGCGGAGGCCGAGGAGGUGGCCGAGGAGCAGGAGGAGGGCGAGGUGGACCUGGCGGCGUCGGCGCUGGACGAGCUGGACGACGCGCUGCUCACGCCCCGCGACGAGGCCCACGAAGAGGGCGAGGCGGCCCCGGCCCCGAGCGCCGUGCCCAACUUUGGGGCGGCCCCGGCCGCGGACGAUGAGGAAGAGGAGGACCAGGACGACGAUCUCGACGACGCCCCGCAGGAGGAGGAGGAGGCUACCGAGGGCCAGGCCGCCCAGGCCGCCCCCGUCGCCGACCCCCUCGGCGCCUUCGGCGAUGCCUCCCCCGAGCAGCACGAGGAGGAGGUGAGCGAGGAGGCCGAGGCGGAGCAGCACGAGGAGGAGGCGAGCGAGGCUGCCGAGGCGGAGGCAGAGGAGGAGGCAGAGGAGGAGGCAGAGGAGGAAGCGGUGGAGGAGCAGCAGCCGGCCGACGAGGAAGAAGAAGAAGAAGCCGAAGGCGAGACAGCGGAGGAGGAAGGCGAAGGCGAGGAGGCCGAGGCCGAAGAGGUUGAGGGAGAGGAGGCCGAGGAAGAGGCCGUGGAGGUGGCCGAGGGCGACGAAGAAGCGGCCGAGGCCGAGGAGGGAGGUGGAGAGGAAGCUGCCGAGGAGGCCGAGGAAGAGACCGAGGAGGUGGCCGAGGACGACGAAGAACCGGCCGAGGCCGAGGAGGGCGAAGAGGAGGCCGCCGAGGCCGAGGAAGAAGGGGAAGAGGAGGCUGCCGAGGCCGAGGAGGAGGAGGAGGAGGAGGCCGAGGAAGAGCAGGAGCAGGAGGAGGGAGACGUGAGCGCGCCUCCCGUGUUCGAGGAUCCGCUCCUGGGCGGUGAUGGCGAGACGACCGUGGUGAAGGCCGCGCCCGCGCCCACCCCCACCAAGUCGACCUCCAUGUUCGGUGAUGACGAUGAAGAAGAGGAGGACCUCCUCGCCAAGGGCAAGGCCCCCGCCGGCAACGCCUCCUCUGCGGUGGGUGGUCUGCUGGGUGGUAGGGAGAGCAGCCUGUUCGGAGACGACUCGUCGCUCUUCGCGGGGGCGUCGUCCCCGUCGCCGAGCCCCGCGGCGAAGGGCACGGCGGGCAAGACGCCGGCGACCACGCCCUCCAAGCCCUCGCUCGACUCGCUCUUUGGCGACUCGGGCGAGACGCCCUCCUUCUUUGACGACUUUGCCGCGCCGCCCGCGCUCAAGAAGCCCGCGGCCCAGACGCCCUCCAAGGACGUCGACCUCUUCUCCGACGACAUGUUCAGCAGCUUCCAGUGA